AUGGCGCUGAAGGUGGCAUUUUGUGUUUUGUGUGUAUUUCUAGCGCCUGUACUGUGUGACGAAAGCUGUUCAAAACUUAGUGAAAGCUUCCUAUCUAAACUCGCCAUGGAGAUUGCUGUUUUGGAAAAAGGGUUUGUGGAACUUUCUGCCUUCACAAAGGACGUUGUAUGGAACACGAUGCAAACUGAGAUGCGACUUCGUCAGAUGAAGAUGGAGAUGGAAUCAUUUCGACAGUCAUCAUUGUCUGUUACUGGAACAGAAAAAGUAUCAGAACCAGUUACGAGCUCUACUGCAGCCACAGCAACAUCCUCAUCCUCAGCGUCCGCAGUGGCACAAGCAUCAGCUGCAGUAGUUUCGUCCAAUGAGCUCUCUUCAAAUACUCCCUUAGCUUCAAGCACAUGCAAUCUGCAGCAGUUGCUCAAGGAUCAGUUUAAGGGGAACGUGUUGAUCGAAAUUAAAGCCGCUCCAGCUACGGAAAACACUACGCCAACGGUUCAGGAACAAACUGCGAAAACAGGUGAACUAUCCUCAUGCGCUAAUGCAACUAAGACCGGUAUUUAUCGGCUAAAGCUAUCAGCGAAUGUAUCGAUGGAUGUGCUGUGCGAUACAGAGUUUGAUAAGGGUGGAUGGGUUGUGAUACAACAUCGGUUCAACGGAUCGGAAGAGUUCUACCGUAACUGGACCGACUAUGAGAACGGAUUUGGAUCGCUAAAUGAAGAGUUCUGGCUGGGAAAUGAGAAGAUUUUCCUGCUUACCGCUGAAAAGCCUCGUGAAAUAGCUUUCGUGAUGGACGAUUUCGAAGGCAACAGAGGAAUUGCACGUUAUGCCUCGUUUAAGCUAGGUGAUAAAACCGAGAAGUACACGCUUAAAAGCCUAGGAACAUUUAGUGGAUCAGCGGGUGACUCGUUGUCGCGUAAUGUAGGAUCGAAGUUUAGUACGCACGAUAUGGAUAACGAUCGAUCGUCAAGUCAUUGUGCGCAGCUGUACGUUGGUGGAUGGUGGUACGACGAUUGCCAUUUGUCGAACCUUAACGGAAAGUACAUGAAGGGCACUUCAACUGUUUAUGCAAAAUCUAUGUGCUGGAGCUCGUUCAAAGGAUUUUACUACUCACUAAAAACAUCACGCAUUAUGGUACGUUUUUAA